CAUACCUCCUCUUUACACUGUCGCCAGUCUUUCUUUUCAUAAAAGCAAUCAUUCAUCUUGGUAUUCUCAGCUGUUAGGAUUGUGAGCUAUAUCGUCCCAAGUAAGACAUCUAGUUUGACCACAUACUGGCGCAGCCUGUGCUGAAGAUUCUCUUGUCCCUACAGAGCACGGUUAGCGUUGGGGACGGCUUUUGGCGGCUUUAGUUUCGUUUACCACUCAUCCGGCUCAUCAUCAUCAACUGCGGCAUUGAUUACUUUGUUUUUAUCCCCCAAGUUAGACAUCGUGUUGGAAGUUGUGGAUGUUCUUUGGGUAGUCAAUUUUGUUGAGAAUACAACGUUCUCGCCUGACUGACACGGAUUAAAACCACCGCCUCGGCUCCGAAUACAUCAGGUAAUUUGGUUGAUGGGAAGAUGGUUACCAAAAAAUUGAACGUCCUGGUGUACUCUGGCACGGGAAGCACAGAUGGGGCAGUCCGUCACGCUCUUUACACACUGAGGCGGCUUCUUUCCCCGAACUACGCCGUCUUUCCUGUAUCUGAUUCGGUGAUUAUCAAAGAGCCAUGGGCAUCGUCAUGUGCUCUUCUUGUCUUUCCUGGCGGCGCAGAUCUUGGGUAUUGCCGAGUACUCAAUGGCGAAGGCAAUGACCGUAUUAGUCAAUAUGUCCGAAGGGGUGGCUCAUAUCUUGGAUUCUGUGCCGGUGGCUACUAUGGAAGCCGGAGGUGCGAAUUCGAGGUGGGAGACAAGAAAAUGGAAGUCGUCGGGAAACGCGAAUUGUCAUUCUUCCCGGGCAUCUGCAGAGGAUGUGCGUUCAAAGGCUUCGUUUAUCAAAGCGAAGCUGGAGCGUGUGCUGCAGAAUUGACUGUGGAGACAGAAUCCUUUGCUGGGAUAGACUGCCCAAAGUCUUUUAAAUCCUAUUAUAACGGCGGCGGCGUCUUUGUAGAUGCUGCCAAUUUCAAGUCGGAGGGUGUUGAAGUACUGGCCACAUAUUCCAAAGACACGGAUGUUGACGGGGGAGACUGUGGAACGAGGGCUGCUGCAGUUUACUGUAAGAUAGGCGACGGAUGUGCAGUGCUUACGGGACCUCACCCAGAAUUCGCGGCGGCAAACCUAGACGCCAAAUCGGGCGGGCCAGACUAUUCCAAGAUGAUUGAGAGCUUGAUGGAAGGCGACAACCUCAGGGAAAGCUUCAUGAAAGCAUGUCUCACGAAAAUGGGACUCCGUGUUGCAAUAGAGACACCCACGGUACCACCAGUACUUUCCGCCCUUCAUAUUUCUUCUCUUCAUAAUGUCGAGGUUUCUGAGCUAUUUGACGAUCUGAAGAAUGAUGUGACGCUUGAGGAGGGAGAAAGUUUCGUAAAAGGAGAGAACGAUACUUUUCUCAUUGAAAGGAAUGGCUCUCCUUUAUCGUUACAUUCUCUCGGCGUUUCUCUUCCAGAAACCAGCUCAGAGGAAAAAGAUGAAGCAGAAACUGAUCAGCUUCGCAGUGGCCAAGGCGAGAAAAAUAUCGAUUAUAACAAGGUCAUAAAGCGCCUAGUAUUCCAUGAUGGUGGAUGGCCUCAGAACUCUGAGACUCCGCAUUUUAACCACGACGUUUUCUACUCGGAACUUGUCGAUUACCAAGACGAAAGCGGUAGUCGAGCAGAAGACUUUGGCAAGGUCAUCAUGUAUGGAGAUGUUGUUACCAGUACAAAUACUUUGCUGGAAAAGAACCAGAAGCUUUUAUCACACCUCCCAAAUGGCUUCACCGCAACAGCAACAGCUCAAGUUGCUGGCAGGGGUCGCGGAUCAAACGUUUGGGUUUCACCCGUUGGAUCAUUGAUAUUUUCCACCUGCAUCAGACACUCCCUAGAAUUGUCGGCCAAAGCCCCUGUUAUCUUCGUCCAAUAUCUUGCUGCCAUCGCUAUCGCGGAGGGGAUCAAGACUUAUGGCAAGGGAUACGAAGAUAUCCCCGUGAAACUUAAGUGGCCCAAUGAUAUCUAUGCUCUGGAUCCCACAAAACCAGGAAAUAAGGAAUAUGUAAAGAUUGGUGGGAUUCUAGUGAACUCUUCAUACUCCUCUGGCAAUUACAACCUUGUGGUUGGCAUUGGAAUCAACACAACAAAUGCUGCACCAACAACCUCCCUGAACGCACUGCGGCCGCAACACCUCCCAGAGUUCACCAUUGAAAAGCUCCUUGCUCGAAUUUUAACUAAGUUCGAGGACAUCUAUAUCCAAUUCUGUCGAUCAGGGUUCGAUAAGAAGCUAGAGGAAACAUACUACAAGCUGUGGCUCCAUAGUGAGCAGAUCAUUACGCUGGAAGCUGAAGGGGGUGUUAGGGCGAGAGUGCUCGGGAUCACUAGAGACUGGGGAUUUUUGCGGGUCCAGGAGCUGGGUUGGGAGGAUAAGCCCACUGGGAAGAUCAUCGAAUUGCAAACAGACAGCAACAGUUUUGAUUUCUUCAGGGGUCUUGUCAAGAGGAAAGUAUAGGUCUUUGAUAUUUUAGACGCCAGCGUUUGCAAAUUUUCUUGCUACCCACG